UAACUAGCUUAAAAGUUAACAGCUCGAGGAGAUUGAUACUCCCCAGAAAUGAGCAUGUACCAAAAUCCAUGUGAGUUGUGAAAGCAUUAUGGAAGAUGCUCUUUGUCCUUCUGAGUCAGAGAACGCUCAGUAGUUGAACUGGGCAUAUUAUAAAGUACCUCAUUUCUCUACAAUUUUUUUCUCAACAGAGGAGUCAGGAAUGGCUAAAGAAAAUCAUACCACAAAAAAUGAGUUUAUACUCACAGGAUUUACAGACCAUCCAGAGCUGAAGACCAUUCUGUUUCUGGUGUUCUUUGCCAUCUACCUGAUCACCAUGGUGGGGAAUCUUAGCGUGGUGAUACUGAUUUCAAAAGAGCAUCGUCUUCACACACCAAUGUACAUCUUUCUGGGAAACCUUGCUCUUGUGGACUCUUGCUGUGCCUGUGCCAUUACUCCUAAGAUGUUAGCAAAUUUCUUUUCUGAAAACAGAAUGAUUUCCCUCUAUGAAUGCAUGGCACAAUUUUAUUUUCUUUGCACUGUUGAAACUGCAGACUGCUUUCUCCUGGCAGCAAUGGCCUAUGAUCGCUAUGUGGCCAUAUGUAACCCACUGCAGUACCACACAAUGAUGUCAAAGAAACUCUGCAUUCAGAUGACCUCAGGGGCCUAUAUAGCUGGAAACCUGCACUCCAUGAUCCAUGUAGGACUUUUAUUUAGGUUAGCUUUCUGUGGAUCUAAUCACAUCAACCACUUGUAUUGUGAUAUUCUCCCUUUAUACAGACUCUCUUGUGUUGACCCUUAUGUCAACGAACUGGUACUAUUUAUCUUUUCAGGCUCAAUUCAAGUCUUCACAAUUGGUAGUGUCUUAAUAUCUUAUCUCCACAUUCUCUUUACCAUUUUCAAAAUGAAAUCCAAACAGGGAAGGGUCAAAGCCUUUUCUACCUGUGCAUCUCACUUUUUGUCUGUUUCAUUAUUCUACGGAUCUCUUUUCUUCAUGUACAUUAGACCAAAUUUGCUUGAAGAAGGGGAUAAAGAUAUACCAGCUGCUAUUCUGUUUACAGAAGUAGUUCCCUUACUAAAUCCUUUCAUUUAUAGCCUAAGAAAUAAGGAAGUAAUAACUGUCUUGAGAAAAAUUCUGAAGGAAAAAAAAUCUCAAAAGAAUUUGAAACAAAUGACCCCUACUGUAGCUUAAUGAUUUAAAUGCAAAAAAAAAAAAA